UCCUGUGAGAAGCUGGCCCUGGGUUUUUUUUAAACAUAUAUAUAUAUAUAUAUAAACUUGUUUGCACACUGCUCUGCAAACAGUAACUCUGUGACUUAUUAAUCCCAUCGCACAGGCAACACCGGCAGCUUUUUGCUUCGGUCACAAGAAACUUUAAACCUGUUCGGGGAGGGAGAGACAGAGAGAAAAAAAACGGCGACAGGAAUGGAAUCAGGGAGAGAGAGCGAACUCCAAGAUCAGGAGGCAGCGAGAGACCAUCAGAACACGGAGGUGAGGACAUUGGAGACUACAGAUCAGACAGCGCUCACCCACUCAACUGAACACCGAGAGGAGCCUCCGAACGCUCAGAGAAAUGAAAAUCCCUUGACGGAAAACACUGAAAGGAACCAUCGAGGAGUUAACUGUAUGCUUCAACCCAAAGGUACAAGCGAUCAAACUACGACCACACUGGGCUAUAUCAAUAGAGCCUUCACUGGGGAGCCUCCUCCAUAUUCACCACCAGAUCCAAAGAGCAUUCACCUUGUUUACCCCUCGUAUGGAUGCUCUAUCCCAGGACAGUUACCCAUCAGGUACCAGCCUGGUGUACCAGAUCCUCUCUUCUACCAGCAUCAGCAGCCUGCAUCCUGCCCUUUCUCCAUUUAUAACUGCCCGUUACCAGGAGUGCAUCAUGAACAGAGCACACCACCGAAGGACUACAUGCUGGAGUCUGUACUUGUGACAGUAUUCUGCUGUCUGCUGUCUGGGAUUUUAGCCAUCAUCUUUUCACAUGAGACCCGCCUGGCGGUUCAGAGAGGAGACCACAGAUACGCUGAGAGCACUUCGAGGAAGGUGCGGGCACUGGUUCUGUUCAGCUUGCUCUUCGGGGUCUUUGUGUCCAUUGCCUGGGUCAUCUACGUGGUUGUGGCACUCUACUUUGUGUGAGGGGUGCCGUGAGUAACCCAGGACAGGGUAACAACCCCUCAGCUGGGUCCUGCAGCUUUGUGAAUGACCCAUGUUAGUAACCUGGGGGCCCCUGACUUUGUACUCUGUGGUGUUGUACAGCAAACCCUGUGCUGGCGAAGCUGUUUCACUUUCCCACAAUGGAACAUGGCAGAACAUUUACAAUACCAUCAGAACCUUGAUCUUUCAGACCUUUAUUCAUUCGUGGGAUGUGGACAUUACUGGCUGGGCCCAGCUUUUAUUGCCCGUCCCUAGUUGCCCCUUGAGAAUGUGGGGGUCAGCUACCUUCUUGAA